GUGGGGCACGAACGAAUGUAUGCCUUAACGUCGGCGAGUAAGGAAGGCCAGUAGAAGUAGCGGGAAAUGGUGUCGAAGGUUUUCUGGAAACCGAGAUGUCCUGCGGUCUUGGCGUCGUGGUGCUCGGCCAAGAGUUGAGUACGGAGGCCUCGUGCGUCGGGGAUGCAAAGUCGGCGAGUGUCUUUGGUAUCGAUGUAAAGGAGAUUGUUGUGGAGGGAGUAGUUCGGAACUGGGUCAAGAUCGCGGAGUUUGUUGUAAAUGCGGGCUUGGCGUGGAGUGAUAUCUUUCUUAGAGAGGAUGGAGGAGACGAUGGUGUUGUCAGUGCGGAUGGUGAAGUAUUGCCCGUCGAGGUAUGGGCGCCAAACUGUGAGGGCGUGAAUCACGGCGAGGAGUUCCUUCUCGUUGGAGGGGUAAUUCAUCUCCGCGGGAAGGAGCUUCUUACUUGCGAAGGCGAUGGGGUAUUCGCCAGGUGGAGCCUCGGGGUGAGUGGGCGAGUCCUUGAUGGAGGGGGUCUCGACGGUGUCGCGGGGGAAAUCUUGGGACAGUACGGCUCCGAUGGCGAAGUCGGAGGUGUCAGUGGUGACAUAGAAAUGGCGAGUGGGGUCGGCGAUCUUGAGGACAGGGGCCGUGGUGAUGGUUUGCUUGACGGCAAACGUACAUUUGCUGAGCUUGRCGUAGAAUUUUUGCUCGCGGAGGAUCGAGAGAACUUGGCGGAGGUGCUGAAGGUGGGACUCGAAGGUGGGGCUGAAGACAAGGAUGUCAUCAAGGUAGAUGACGACACAGACUUCGAGGAGGUUGCGGAACAUGUGGUUCAUGGUAGAUUGGAAGGUAGCGGGGGCAUUGGUGAGUCCGAAGGGCAUCAGGAGAAACUCGUAGUGCCCGAACCGAGAGCGGAACGCAGUCUUGUGGGUGUCCUCCUCACGGAUACGGAUCUGGUGGAAGCCACUGCRAAGGUCGAUCUUGGUAAAGUACUUAGCUCCACGGAGACGAUCAAGGAGCUCGGAAAUCCGAGGAUGUCACUGAUGGGUAGGCCGACAGAUGCAAUGCUGAAGCCGGGUCAGUGUUCUGGGGACUGUGUUCAUGACGAGGAGGGGCCCGCGCUUGCCGAGGGCGGUGAUGCGGAGGUUGCAGGUCGCAUGGAGGUGGACUGACGGGUGAAUCGUGCGGCGUUGGGGCAGUUGGUUUGUUGGUGCCCCAAUUGGCGACAACGG